AUGCAAAGAUCAUGGAACUUGCGCACGGCACGUGCUAUCACACAGUGGACCGACUCUCUUACUCUCUUGUUAUCUCUUUCUCAAACGCAAGCGGGCGCCUCGUCAAUCAGUGCGCAGUCAGCCGCGCGUGGUUUGAGAGAUGUUUGGUCUUCACCAGAACUGUAUUACCAUCAAGGUAGCGCUCCUUCUGAUUAUGGACGGCAACUGCUAUCAAGACUGGCGCCAGGGAAAAAAGGUUCUUUUGCUGCCUGUACGUCGAGUUUUGAUGGUACAAAGGAUGCUGAGGUGGUGAAAGCGUUCCUGUCAGCAAUAACAGUUUACAAAACCAUUGAGAACAUCUCCGACGCCGAUAGCCUAAUUGGAAUUCCGCUAUUACUCAAGGGAGAAGCUGCAGUAUGGUGGCAAGGAGUUAAAAAUGAUGUCAAGCAAUGGGAGGAGUUCAAGAACCGUCUUCGCCAUGUGUUCGCCCCGAAGAAGCCUGCGUACUUAAUAUACCAGGAGAUAGUGGGAGACAAGCAGAACCCAGAUAUGUCAACUGAAAGCUUCGUGGCACACAAAAGAAUGCUGUUUACUCAACUCCCCACCGAGCAUAGCGAGAUACAACAAUUGGACAUGGUGUUCGGACAAUUGAAUAUUAAGAUCAAAGAGAAAAUACCUCGAAACUCUAUCGCGAAUUUUGACCAGCUGUUAGAAGCGGCCCGUGGGGUAGAACAGCUUUAUGAGGAUAUUGGAACACGUGACCAUCUUAACGAUAAACUGACUCCCAACGCUUAUAACCAUGGAAAUGUUGCUGCUUCAAUGGCGGCAAGUCAGCGCAAGAAGAAAUGCUCCUUUUGUCAUUUGAAAGGUCAUACCGCUGCCGAUUGCAGAAAGCUGAAGCGAAGACAGAGCGAACUUCCAGUACCGGAGACACCACACCAAAACAUAAAGACAACUCAAGCUCCAUCACCAAGUCAGCCCAAAUUUAGCUGUUAUGGUUGCGGUGCCCCGGGUGUCGUGAGAAGCAACUGCAAUACGUGCACUAGUAUUAAACGGCGUCCGUCUCAAGCAGCCGACAUUAGUUUUUGCGCUGUUAAUGUUAAUCGCACUGACUCAAGACCUAGGCCGGUCGUCUUCGUCGAAAUAGUUGGUAUCAAAGGUACAGCUCACAUUGAUACUUGUGCCAAGACUAGUGUCGCAUCCUACAACCUGUACCGUCAGCUAUUAGCCAGGGGUGUUGCAUUUCACAAGGAGAUCGUCAAUCUUACGUUGGCAGACGGAAUCAGCAAAACACGAGAAGUCCUGCAAACUAGAGUACCGGUUACCUUAGAACACCGGGUGAUUGGAACAACGUUCAUCGUACUUCCAGAAUCCAAGGAUAACCGUACCCUAUUAGGUAUCGGGUUCAUACAAGAUGCCAAGAUGGUUCUAAACCUACCACAAUUCACGUGGGAAUUUCUGGACGACGAUCGUAUCUAUGAAUUAUUUAAGGAGGAUUUUGCCACGUUCCCGGAAGUCCACAUCUCUUCGACUGCAGUGCCGCAACUACCUAUGGAAACACAAAUUAAACCAGCUGUAAGACCGAAACGACCUAUGACACCUAAAGAGGCUGCAAUACCGGAAGAAAGCGCUUCAACGUCGCGUUACAAACUCAUCCCGAUUGCGCGAACUCCGACUAAGAAGUCAAAACCAUUGUUUGAUGGGUACUCACCCCGUUUCUGCGAUUUCAUUAUGAAAGACGCUGAAAUUAACGUAAGAGAAGCUGAAAGUAGCUUGUCCCCACACUCUCAGCAACUAUUCCCGGAUCAAAUAAAUGUUAACAUUGAUUCCAUCGACGUUACACCAUCAUUAUUGAGUACGGAAGAAGUGUCUAAACUGAAUAAACUGCUUGAUAAAUAUGACGACGUUUUUACUACAAAACAUAAACCUUCCCUCUUAGGUGAGCAUGCUAUUAUAACCAACACUGAUCGUCCUAUAUCAGUGCCCCCUUAUAGACUUUCGGCGAAUUCCAAGAACAUCCUUAAGCAAGAGAUAGAUAAGAUGUUGAAGAUAGGAGUGAUCGAACCAUGUUCAUCACCAUGGGCCGCUCCCGUAGUUCUUGUUCCUAAACCUAAUGGAGAAAUUAGUGUUUGCGUAGAUUAUCGCCGAUUAAAUGAUAUUACGGUAGGUGACACGUACCCACUACCUAGAAUUGACGACUUGUUACAUGCUGCGAAACCAACUCCAUACAUGUCGUCACUCGACCUUAAAGCGGGUUAUUGGCAAAUCAAAAUUAAAGAAGAAGAUGAAGACAAAACAGCUUUUAUAACGCCUUUCGGAAUAUACAAAUUUAAACGAAUGCCGUUUGGCCUACGUAAUGCUCCUGCUACGUUCCAGCGCCUGAUCGACAGAUUCCGUGUAAACCUGGAACACAUCAAAAUGUUAGCAUAUCUUGAUGACUUGAUAAUAUUCUCUUCUACAUUUAAUGAUCACUUGAAAGAUCUAAGAGAUGUCUUGGAGAAAAUGAGGGAGAAUAACCUCACCAUAAAUCGCGAGAAAAGUCGAUUUUUCUGUUCAUCGCUAAAAUACUUGGGUCACAUUAUUACCCCAGAUGGAUUGAAGACCAAUCCCGAGAAGACAUCAGCAAUCACAAACCUCCUUACUCCUAAAAACAUCAAAGAUCUUACAACCUUCCUUUAA